AUGAAUUCGACAACACUAAUUUCCUCAUCAUCAGACGACUCCCAAAUAACCCCAAAUUCGAAAACCAUCAAAAUUCACACAAAAAUCCGGCCAUUUUCAACUGACAGAAACUUCAGCAAAUCAAUAACAUUCGCAGACGAUCACAACCAACCAACCUCAAUUCCUUUUCCUCCCGGAACCACGACGCGUAAUGAUAAUGAUGAUGAUAUAAUUGAUGAUGAUUCGGAAGAAAACCAAUAUCAAACAAAAAUAAAUGAACUUGGAAGACGUUCAUUAAAAUAUCUACACGACAUAGGCAUAAUACGAUCUAAUAAUAAUAAUAAACUAAAUGGAAAUCUGCCCGAGUCAAGCCAGCAGGAGGAGCCUGGGGCCAGGGCCAUAUCCAAUAAGAAGGUCUACAAUUGUAAUCUAAAUUUUGAGUUGACUCAAGGAGAUGAGAUAUUCAAUGUUAGAUUUCAAUUAAUAUAUAGAAUGAAUUCAAUAUCAGAGGAAAAACUCCCGCCUAAUUUAUAUAUAUCAAAUGAGGAAUUGAUAAAUUAUCUACGAGAUAAGAUUAUUAUGCGAGAGAAGAAUUUACAUGGAAUUGAAUCGAAAAUUAAUGUUUUGUUAAAAUUAUGUUCUGUUAGGUGUUUUAUAAACGAUUUAGAAUUGGACUGUUAG